AAUUGCUCUGUUUGCUCUUUUUCUUUUUAAUAGUGAUUUGAAGUAGGGCUCUUUGUCUAGUGGAGGCUCAUUCUCAUUCUCUCUCUUAUUCUAUUUCUUUGUUUGACAAUGGAAGGUGGACUUCACAUGCUUAACUGCCUCUUGCAGCACACACUGAGAAGCCUAUGUUCAAUUUCUGAUUCGUCUGAAUCCUCAAAGUGGGUGUAUGCUGUCUUUUGGAGAAUAUUGCCUCGUAAUUACCCACCUCCCAAGUGGGAUUAUGGAGGAAGUGCUCUUGAUCGUUCCAAAGGAAAUAAAAGGAAUUGGAUUCUUGUCUGGGAAGAUGGGUUCUGUGAUUUCUAUGAAUGUGAGAGUGCAGGAUGUGGAUACACUAAGGGACGGUUUGGGGCGGAUGUCUUCUUCAAAAUGUCUCAUGAGGUUUAUAACUAUGGAGAAGGUUUAGUGGGAAAAGUUGCAGCAGAUAACAGUCACAAAUGGGUUUACAGAGAAGACAUAAAAGAAAAUGAUCCUAGCUGCGUCUCCUCCUUGAAUGCAUCUAUUGAGCCUCAACCAAAAGCUUGGGAAAUUCAGUUUAAUUCCGGCAUUCAGACAAUUGCCCUUAUUUCUGUGAGGGAAGGCAUUAUUCAACUAGGUUCAUUUGAUAAGAUUUUGGAAGAUCUCAGUCUGGUUAUCAACGUACAGAGGAAAUUCAGCUAUCUACAGAGCAUUCCAGGAGUCUUCCCCAUUCAAAGGCCGUACCUGCCUAUCCAUUUGCCAUGCAUCAUCAAACCCAAUACUCAGAUGAGUGAAAGCCAGGAAACUGCUCUAUUAGCUGAUGAAAAGCAGCAGUUAUCCGGAGCAAAAAGAUUGUUCAAUGAAUUUCCUCACGAUUUUCCAAUUAAGUCAAUUAACUUUGGGUGGAACAGCCCUCAAAACGGAAUUGCAGGAGCUUCUAUUUGGCCAAUACCUCCUCUUUUGCCCAGCAUGUCUUACAGCCUUGGAGCUCUGCUAUCCAAGUUACCGUCUGUGGCUCCAUCCAUUAACAUCAAUGAAUCUCCUGCUACAGCCCUCAUCAACAACGGCAACAGCAUUAACACUAUGUGUCAGAAAGUGAAGGCUGAUAAUGGUGCUGAUAGAAAAGUAGAGUCCUCGUGUCAAUUAGAUGAUCAAGAACAGAAGCCGGUAUUCAUAAAUACUCAUUUAGACGGGAAGGAGGAGGUGGAAUUAGGAUUAGAAGCUCUGAGGGAGGGAGGAAGUGCUUUAAAUAUAAAUUAAUUAAGAGAAGCAUGGUGAUUUGCAUUAUUUAUGGACAUGAAGAGAAGAAUCGACUACUUCCAGCCACAAUCCAUUUCUUCUAGACCAUUGUGCUUUUCUUCUUGACAUGUAGUUUAAGAAGACAUUAUUACGCUAUCAUCUAAUAAUUUAAUCUAAGAAAUAUGUGACUUGUUCUUCCUUUUGUUUAAUGCUGAAAGAUAAUAAAGAUGAAUAGGAGUAGAUUCAUGUGACAUUGUCCAUGAAAACACAGCAAGGCAGUGGUAAAGAAACAAAAUUUGUACUGAAAUUAUAGAUAAAGCUGUGCUUAUUGAGCCAACUUUCAUGAUCAAGAUUGAUUUUAUAGUUAUGAAAAAGGUUGGUAUGGCAUUGUCCAA